AUGUCUCUUCCUUAUCUCAAGUCGCUGAAAAAGCCCGAGUUGGCUGAGUUGGCUGAUCAGACAGACCUGCCACACUACGAUGACUAUAACAAGAAUGAUCUUGUGGUAGUGUUGGACAGACAUCUUCGCGAAAAUCGCUCUAUCUUCUCCGGACUCAAGAGCCUCUCUGAAUACUACUCGCGCUUGGCCUCCCCACCCCGCAGAGGAUCGCCCGUGAAGCGCGAAACCGCACGAACUCCCGCGCGAACCCCAGCACGCCGCUCUGCGAAGAAAGAAGUGAAGGAAGAAGAAAUUACCGAGGAUGUGGAAGAACCCGUGCCCAGCCCAGCUGUAGUCAGCCCGACUCCAGCUGCGGCGCGCACAGUCGUACGUCAGUCUGCGCGCCAGACACCCCGCCAGACACCCCGUCAACCAGCAGUUCUCGCUACUGUCGUGGACCCCGAGCCAUCACUGCCAGCGUCUCCCGCUGCUAUCACCGAAGCCAUCGAUGCGCAGACGCUCAAGCUGCGCGAGAGCAUUGAGGAUGCAUGGACUGCGUCAGGCUUGGUGGAUCGGGCGCAUUCUCUGCGCGCAGCUCUGAGCAGUGUAAAGGCCGUUGAGAUCAUUGUGCUGCUGUUUGAGAGUGGCAGUCUUGCGAAAGAGUUGAUUCCGAUACGUUACCUUACUACUACACCGCCUGUGCAAGCCGCGCAGAUCCCUGCAAUUCCUAUCCGCGUUCCUGAUCUGUUUGUGCUGCUGGAAGGUGCAUUCUGGGCGCCGUUUUCGCUGUGGUUCCUCACUUGUCUGGUUUUGCCUUUGAUUUCUGCCUACUUUAUCAACUUGAGCUGGAAGGCUUCUAGCGGUGCGCGCCGCACUCGGUCUGCGUCUAAUCUCGCCCAGUUUGAUCCUUUGACUUUCAACAUCGUCAAGGCGUUGCUGGUGCACGUUGUGUUUGGAAAUGAUUUCAACUUCUUCGGUAUCUAUAGCCGGUAUGCUAUUGGAAAGGUUAUCGACUCCGUCCCUGGUGGAGGCGUUGGUCUAUUGACUGGAUCUGCUGUCGGUGGUGUUAGUGCUCUGUAUGAGGCUAUUCUGCACCGCUCGUAA